AUGAUCGGAAUGGUUUUAGGUCACAAUGAAGGAUAUGAUCCCAUUAUUAUUAGUCAGGUGUACACAUUAUCAGAUGGUGAGGGCAAUUCUUCUUCUUGGAGAAGGCUACGAGAUUACCCGUGUUCUGGCUACGUCUUUAGAAGCAGCAGAUGUGCUAAUGAAGUUGUGUACAACAUGAUGUAUAUAGGAGAUAAUACCCAAGGAAUUCUCCAGUUUGAUUUAGAGACAGAAACAUUUGGAAUCAUAAAUCAAGUCCCGUGGGAUUCAAACACAUUCGGUUGUCUAGAAACCUUGAACGGAUAUUUAUGUUUAUUUACGAAUGAUUCUGCUAAUGAUCAAAGUUCAACAAUGAAUUUGCGGAUGUUGAAGGAACCCAACAAUAAUGCAGUUUUUGAGAAAUAUAUCAGCAUUGAGUUGUCGUCUCCAACGUAUGGUGGUCUUAGUCCUUUGGUUGAGAGGGAUGGAGAGAUCAUAUUCGCUUGUGGUGCUGGAUCAUGCCUUGUCUGCUAUGAAAUUAAGGCCAAAAGCUUCAGAAGAUUAAGCUGUAAACAAAGUUCAAGACUUCAUUUUGAUGGACUCUUUUCUCUUGGAACCAGAUACUUAUACAACGAGAUGGAGUUCCACUUACUGCAAGAAGGGAAUCUCGAGGUGCAGGCUAUUUACUAUCUGCCUCAAGGUGGAGGUCCACUUACUGCAAGAAAUGAAUUUGGAGGUGUAGGUUACCUUCUAUUUGCCUCAAGGAUUGAUCAUGGGGCUCAAAAAAAUAGCUUGGUCAUUUGA